AUGUCCGGAGGAAUCGUUUCGUCAAGAGCACCGACGCCAAGAACAGGCCAUGUAGCAAUUGCAUAUGAUCACUACAUGUUCGUUUGGGGUGGCUACCAAAAUGAACUCACAGAAAGAUACUUAUCACCAGAUGAACUGUGGAUAUAUGAUUCUUACUUGGAUAGCUGGCAAUUGAGAAUCCUAGAACCAGAAGAAGACACUUCAAUCAACUGCCCGCCAGGUACAUCUGGAGCAUCAGCUGUGUUAAAAGGAGAUGCAGUAUACUUGUUUGGUGGCCACUGUUAUGCUGGAAACACAAAUGAACUGUAUAGACUUAAUCUUCAGGAAUUUUGCUGGGAGUAUGUCCAUUCAAACAGUUUAAAGCCAAGCCCAAGAGAUAAAUUAUCUAUGUGGGAGUAUGGAAACAGCUUGUAUGUGUUUGGUGGCUUUGGUCCUCCUCUAGAAGGUUAUCUAAAGGAACAUGGAAUCUGGAUCCCAGAUGAAUCCUCAUCUUCCUACAGAGGUUGGAACAACCAACUACUGGAUUUUGACCUGAAAACACGAAUGUGGUCAAAUCCUAAAUGUAGUGGUCCAGUGCCAUCACCAAGAGCAGCUCACGCUGCUACAAGAGUGGGGAACAAAGUGUAUUUGUUUGGAGGAAGGCACUGUAGUCAGAGACUGAAUGAUUUGCAUUGCCUUAAUUUAGACACAAUGACUUGGUCAGGAAGCCUCCAUACUGGUGGUAGUAUUCCAGUUGGGAGAUCCUGGCACACUUUUAGUGCUGUUUCCAGUACUGAAAUAUUCCUGUAUGGUGGAUUCACCCAGGAUAAUGAUACCUUAUGUAAGUAUUGUUUUAUUUUUAUUUUCCGUUUAAUAUGGGUGUGGCCACAGUGACUUACCUUACUUGAUAAUGCAGAUUUAGUUCACUUUAUCAAAAAUGUUAAGUGGCUAUGUUAUUUGUUAAGAUGCAAAACCAAAUGAUCCUAGAGGAAUUUGAUAGUGGAAAUGAAGUAU